UGUUAAACUUUAUAUAGUUCAGCAUUAAAACCAAAUAUGUCGAAUCAAGGUUCUAGUGUCAAGUUAGCCAGACCGGAAGACAUUUCAACAGUUCGACGAGGGAUUAUUCGCGCAAUUGUUGUAAUUAUCGUGGUGUUUCCACUUGGAUAUAUGUUCACACCAACGCGGGGCAUCCAGCUGAAUUCUGUCGUUGAACGGCUCGUAUUCACGCUACAAUGGCAGGCGUUGUCCAUGUUGACUCUCGUCUACGGAAUACACGGGGUUGGCAGCAGGCGGGCAGGCACUGCAGCCAUGGACCCAAUUACAGGCAACAGCGAGGACGUUGUGAAAUUCGAGGCCAAAUUUCUACAGAACACUAUUGAACAGCUUAUCCUGAGCAUUUUUGGUCAGCUUGUAUUGUGUACCCAUCUCACGGAUUCAACGCCACGGGUUAUUCCCGUGCUUGUCUGUCUGUUCGUCGUAGGGAGGGUGCUAUUCUGGAUUGGUUACAAGAAAGCGCCGUUGGAAAGAGCCACUGGAUUUGCAAUGACAUUCUUUCCUAGUCUGAUUGUUAAUUUUGUAAAUGUAGUGUUUCUCGUUUAUAAUUUGACAUACUAAUUGCAAAAGUAACUCGCCUAUUAUAAUAAUUUAUAAAAAUGCCCCAACAUCCGGGACGAUCAUAAUAUGAAUAUGUAAUUAAAUAUAUUAUCGUUAA